CGCCUAAAAGGAAACAAGACGCUGUGGCUGAAGUUUGUGUUCAUAUUUCUCUUAACGUUACCAGUUUCCACACACUGACAGGUGACUAAAUGGACUAUUAACACAACUGUAACAUAAUUGGCUGGACUGUUGUACCAUUAAUCCUUAACUAAUGGUUGAAGGAUGACAAGAGGACCGAAGUUCAAACAUCCACUCUGCUGACCUCUCCUUGAGCAAGUCACUGAAUUUUUACUAGCUCUAGGGCGCUGCACUGUAGCUGAUCUCUGACCUCAGUUGGAGGUGUACAAAUGAUGAACAAGUUGCCCUAUGGGUGCAAUAAAAGGUCACAUAUAAGUGGUUCAUAAGGUCUUGAGGAUGAGGAAGUGGGGAGACCGAGUGAAAAAGGUUGAGCAGCUUGCUCAGUCGUUCCAGCUCAAUCCUCUGGCCUCACCCUACAAACCUCGACUGUGGCCGUGUCAGCCUUCCUCCAUCUGGAAGCUCUUCCCUCGUCAAAUUAUGGCUUUCGGCUUUGCUCAGAGCUGCAAAGAGGCUGUACAUGUUUUUGCGCUUGAGAAAGAAAAGACCCCCCUUGGUCAAAGGAUGUACCUGGUUACCAGUUACAGUGAGCUGUGGCAUUACUACAGGACUUACACACAGUCCUUGAUGCACUGCUAUGAGGUGAUACCAGAGGGCGCUGUUUGUAAGCUUUACUUUGACUUGGAGUUCCACAAACCCUCAAACAAAGGAGCUGAUGGGAAAACUAUGGUGUCUUCACUUAUCCAGUACGUUUGUGACAAGCUAAUGGACGUUUAUGGGAUUCAGUGCUCCACAAACAAUGUCCUCAAUCUCGACUCCAGCACAGAAGAGAAGUUCAGUCGACAUCUCAUCUUCAAUCUCCAGAAUGCAGCUUUCAAAGACAACAUACAUGUGGGUAGAUUUAUCCAUGCAAUUCUUCAACCAGUUCUGAGCACACCCAAAAAUGGUAGUGUCCUGAAUGUUGGGAUGAAUUCAGUGGCAGAGAACAGUGAAACACGCAGAACGCAUGCUGUUUCUGAGGGGAAGCCGGCACAGGCAGGUGAGAUGGCUGAGAGUUCACAGACCAAGAGGCGCAAGCAGGAAGAGAGAGACCUCAGGUUCCUCAAGGUGAAAAACAAGGAUGGCCAAGACUGUCUCUUUGUCGAUCUUGGUGUUUACACCAAGAACCGCAAUUUCCGACUUUACAAGUCAUCAAAAGUUGGAAAGAACGCUGCAUUCACUGUGGCAGACAACAACAAGUUUAUUGCCAAACCUGAAAAGGGAAUUUCCGAGGAGGAAAGUGUAUUCUUGGCUUCCUUAAUCUGUAAUGUGAGUUUCACAGGUCAAAGGAUUCUAACGUGGGACAUCCCAGAAACAAAGGAAUCCAAAACCUCAACGCUACUUGGCCAGCAGGGGUCAGCCUCAAAUGCAGACUCACUUAAUGGCUGCCUGUCGUCCCCUCAUCAAGAAGUGGACAACUUUGUAUUAACUGUGGUUACAAAGGAUGGCGUACAUGGAAGCAUCAGGCGAUGGAACUACUUUGCUGCUGAACAACUGCUUGUCUACGACAUCGCAAAAUACCGCUGGUGUGAAAAUGUGGAAAGGUUUCAUAAAAGCAACAACAUCAUGAUUGUUGUGGAUCUCAAAGAGGAAGUGUGGUACCAGAAGUGUCACGAUCCUGAAUGUAAGAACUUCCGGUCCUCAAGUUACCCACUGCCACAGGAGAUCUGUGUCAGCUACAUCAUGAAACUGGAUGAGGAAGACCAGGCUUACUUAAUGGACGACGCUGGAAACAUUGAACCCAGCCAGGCACCAAACCAGGCCCGUCAGAGCACAUUGUGUCCAGAGGAGGAAUCUGCUGAUGUGUGGGGAGACGGACAGGAUGACCAAGAGUAUUUAGAGAGCCUGGACGAAUUUGAACAAAACAGCGGAGAUAUCUCUGAUCAACUUCUGCUGAAAUGUAUGGAAGAUUUUGAUUCCCACUAGAGGAUGAGAUUUAUUUUAUUUUGCCUGGCUGUACAGCUUUAAAGAUUCUGGUAACACUUCCAAGUCCUCCCUCCGAUUUAGCAUUUAAAAGCAUUAUAAACAAUGUAAAAAUGGUGUAUAACACCCUAGAAUGUAGUUGUAAGUGUUUAUUAUUGUAUUUGUCAACCACUGUAACUUAACUCUUCCUGUGGGCACCCAUCAGUGAAGGCUGCUGUUUUAACAGAUUGUGUAUUAUAAUAUAGUAAAACACACUUGAAAUAUAGUAUAGAAAUAUAAAGUUGUUGACAAUUACUGUACAAUAAUAAACACUUAAAAUGGCAUAUUUGCUUAUACUACAUUAGUGUUAUAAAGUAUUUAAUAAAAUGUGUUGCCAAAAUAUAUGGAUUAAUGCACUUUAACAAUUAGAAUGAAACAAAAAGGUUUCUAGCUACAAAAAUAUUUAGAAAUCAUUUACGCCCUUUCAGGAAUCCAUCAAAAUAUGUUUCUCCAUUCCAAAAGACAAACUGUAUACCACAAUUUUGGAUUAUUUUAUUUGGUACAGUUGAUAAAUAAAGAUACUGUACAUAUAACUCCAGCACAAAACUGCACCUUUGCCCUUUUCACAUCAUAAGAGUCUUAAAAAAACAACAAUAUGGCUUAAACUGUCAACGAGGCCUCGACAUGAUUAAAUGUGUCCUAUGACCAUAAAAAAAUGUGAAUUCACAACACGUUUUUUGUGAAACAUCUGAAAAGACUCUUAGUUUCAUGGACCAUCAGGGAAAAGUUAAUUUGACAUGCUGACGAGGACGUGGAAUUACUUUUGAAAAACCGGCUUCUUAAAAUGAACAGUGAUACUAGCGAGCCAAAUAAAUACCCUGAAGACGUGUGCAUCAUACAAAUGACCGUAUGUAGAUUUAUCCUGCAACCAAUGGCACUGAAACAUGAAAAAGGAAAAAAGGCAUGUACAUUAUCGUAACAUUUGAGAUUUUCCAUGCAGAAACAAAAACAACCAAAUGGCACAAACGGUCUGUCAAGCAACAAGAUUCCUAAUAGGCCAUCAUCUACAUUGCGCACCAAAACCGGUUUAUCAGUCCUUUUAGCAUACAGCAUCGAGAAACAUGGGAAUGCAGGUAAUUAUAACUACAGCGCAUCAGGCUUGACACUUUGCAUACAAAUAGACUUUUCAGCAGAUACACUAUUUACAGGUUUAAUGGUUACAUUAAAUAUCAACUUAAAUAGAACCAAAACAUUAAAUAGUCUGGUAUAUAAAUACUUUGUCACUGUUGAAAAAGCAUGUUUAUAGGAUCUUUUGUGGUUACCAAGAAUAAAAAACACGCAGAAAUGUCUUCAGGGGCUGGACCUUUCUGACCAUGACAUAGUCAGAUUUGAUGGCAGUUAAGGCAUAAGAAGUCUCAUUUCCCCUUCGUUUUUAAACCCUUACUCGUGGAUAACUUAUACCGGUCACACAAUGACAUGUUCCUGGAUAUUAUGAACUAAUAAGCCAGUGAUGGCAGGGUAAAUUUAGUGCUACAAUUGCUAGAUGAAGUGGGGACAAUACAUACGUCAAACUGAAAUUCAUUAUCCAGUUUGUUUGAAAGCAAUUCCCAAGAUUGUGAAUAUUGUUACUUGUAGAUAAAUUGAGGCAAAUAACCAUCAAUAAACUAUUUGGUUCU